AUGUUCAGCCAACCGACGAUUCCGAGAGAUGGUCCCUGUUCCAGCUCUAGCUUCCGCGAUUGCUGGCUGGCAUCGAUACACGAAGAUGACUAUAAUCGAGUCGCGGCCAUCCGAUACGACGAGGCCACACGACACAAGCAGACACUACGCGUUGAAUACCACACGCGUGAGCCGGAGUCAACAUGGUGUGCGAUGAUAAUGCAUGAGCUGGAAGACAAGGAUCUGAAAUAUUUCGGAUUGGAAGGGAAAGCGGGUUAUAUUUGUACACUGACGGACAUAACAUUGGAAAAGAGAGCCGAACUCUCCCAAAAGGAAGCCGCACAGACUGCUCAGAAUCGCAAGGAGCAGCAGGAGCGUUUCAUCGACAUGAUCAGUCAUGAGAUCCGAAACCCUCUGUCUGCAAUUCUGCAUUGCACCGAAGAUAUUCUGGAGGCGACGCACCCCAAAACGCAGAAUCCAUCUUGGCUUUUGAGCGUCUCCGAGGCCGCCGAGACCAUCGGCCUAUGUGUCACGCAUCAGCAAAGGAUCGUCGACGAUGUUCUCACCUAUUCGAAAUUGGACGCUAAAAUGUUAGCGUUCACCCCCAAGCCGAGUCAGCCCAGAAAGAAUUUCUUCAAGCCCCUCGCUAUUUUCCGUCCCGAGGUCCGUAAAAAGAAGAUCGAACUUGAAUAUACAGCCGACAUUUCCUACGAGAAUUGUGGUAUUGAUUGGGUAAUAGCCGACCUUGACCGGAUGAACCAAGUGCUCGUUAACCUACUGUCCAAUUCGAUCAAAUUCACCGCCAGGUCGACGACGGAGCGAUGGAUUCGAGUCUCUAUAGGGGCUUCAAUCGAGCGCCCGAGCUCAUACCCCCCGAACGUGGUUUUCUUCAAAUCCAGCGAAUCUGCGCUCAAUGACGAUGCCACCACCGGGCCUGAAUGGGGAAACGGAGAAACAGCAUACAUAAUGCUCGCAGUGAAGGACUCUGGAAUUGGGAUUAGUGACCAAGGUCAAAAGCGGUUAUUUGAGCGCUUCAAUCAGGCGACCCCAGGACGGACAGUUCCUACGCUCUGCCAUAUCCAUGGCGGCGAGAUCGGGGUCAGCUCCAAGGAGGGAGAAGGGAGCACCUUCGGAUUUUUCUUCAAAGUGCGACGGACCAGCCCGGAGGCGAAUGCAAACGCAAAAGGCAGCGAUGGCGACACGUCUGCCGUUGAGAAGCUCAGUGCGGAGAUUCAGUCAUUUGGAAACGACCUCAGUGGCGUGAAUCAAUCGACUGAGAAACCUGCUAUUUCAGAGAAGCCUGCUUUAUCGGAAGCGGACUCGGUGGAUAAUGAACGAACGAAGUACUCAUUGGGAUUGGCGCGUCAAGUCUCAAAUGAGCAGACAGAACGUGAUGCUCAGGAUGCCGCUCAAGUCCACGAUGAGGAUAAGACUACUCGCCCUCGAAUUCUCUUGGUCGAAGAUAACAUAAUCAACAUGCGGAUCAUUUCACGGAGGCUCAAGUCCUUGGGACUCGAUAUUACGGAGUCUUUCGAUGGCCAAGGAGCUGUGGAUGCAGUGAAAUCUAACGAUUUCGACUGCAUCCUCAUGGAUCAAGAAAUGCCCGGCAUGGACGGCUAUGAAGCCACGAAAGCAAUUCGCGGUUUGGCCAAGGAAAGUGGUUCCCGUGUUCCGAUAUUAGGUGUGACUGCCAACGUCCGAGCGGAGCAACGCGAGAAAAUGCUCGAGGCUGGCAUGGAUGAUAUCAUCUACAAGCCCUAUUCUACCGAUGAUAUUCUGGAGAAGAUUCAACGAUUGAUCGAUCAUACCAAAUGA